AUGGGCAUCUUUGACUUCCGCCUGUCUUACCAAUGGCUCUUCUGGACCGCGCCCACGGGCGAGCCCCCAGCCGCACCCGAGGGUCUUACACGGUACUGGGUCGAGACACCAUCUGGCAGGAUAGAGGUCCUUUCCAACCAAAGCGAGACCCCGAAUACCUCCAAAACGCCGAUUGUCUUCGUCCACGGCGGCAUGGGCAGCGCCUGGGUGUGGACCGAGUACAUGAGGUACCUGGGGAAGCACGAUAUUCCCUGCUACGCCGUCUCCCUGCGCGGCCACGGCAACAGCUGGCACCCGUCGUACUUGAAGAUGGUGUACUUCACCACUAGACAGAACCUGGCCGACGAUGCCAUCGCCGUCAUCAGGUGGGUGCGGGAGCGGCAGGGGAGCGAGGUGUUGCUGGUGGGACACUCGAGCGGCGGCGGUCUCAGCCAGGGAAUCCUAUCGGCACAGCAGGCGCGUGUCAAGGGCGUUGCGCUCCUUGGUGCUGUCCCUGCCUUUGGCUCGCACGGCGUGUAUGCCAACUGGGCCAUGUUUGACCCGUGGUUCGCCGUCCGCAUGUUGUUCCACGGCUGGCAUCCUAACUCUCCGCUUUCACAUCCCUUCCUGGUGAAGCAAGCUUUCUUUGGCCACCAGAUGACCGAAGCCGGCGUUGCAGACUUUCAGAAACAUUUAAACAGAUACGAGUCUUUCCUAUGGCCCAUUAGCAUGAUGAAGCCUUUCGCCAAGGCCGCCGACAUUAUCGAUUCGAUCAGCGGCUGGGGCACUAGCACGAGAAUCCUCAUACUCACGGGCACCCAGGACAAGUUGAUGACGCAUGGUGUCAUGCAGAAGCUCGCUGGGACAUUCAGGCAUGCUUUUGCGCAGCUUGUGGGCGAAAAGAAGUUGGAUGCCAAGGUUGAUACUGUCAAUUCUACUGGAAGCGAGGGCAGCGAGGAUGAUGAGGGUUGUGGAGUGAGGCUAGCUUGGAUUCACGGGGCUGGGCAUCACUUACAGAACGAUGUGAUGUGGGAAGUUGGAGCGAAGAAGCUGCUCGACUUUUAUGAGCAGCUGUAG